CACAGAAUGAAUCUCGCACGAAUCUUGAGACCUCUUUGAUACUACCAGAAGCGUUCUUAAGAGGGAAUUUCCUCUCCAUACCCGGCACAGAUAUGCAUCCGUGGCCGUUGGAGAAUUUCUACGCACAGAAGCGUAUCCGCUCCAACGCUGAAGACCAAUAUCACCCCGAUGACGGUCCGCAAGCGCGGGAGUUGGAGCAUGUCGAGCAAACUCCCUUCUACACCCCAGUUUACUCGCGAAAGUAUGUCUCGACCUGUGUGCUGUCUGCAUCGAUUGGAGGCCUCCUCUUCGGGUACGACACUGGUGUCAUCUCGAGUGCCUUGGUACUCUUUCAUUCAGAUCUGGGUCAUCCUCUCGAUAACUCUGACAAGCAACUUUUGACAAGUUUGACUGGAGGAGGUGCAUUUGUGGGUGCGCUGUUGGCGGCUUUGGUCACUGAUGCAGUCGGUCGGAAGAUGGUGAUUGGAAUCGGAUGUAUCUGGUUCACCGUUGGCUCGGUAGUCGCCGCGACGGCAUAUUCAGUUCUUCUCAUGGGAAUUGCCCGGUUUAUCAUUGGAGUUGGGAUCGGCUUUGAGACAAUGAUCACACCUAUUUAUAUCGCAGAGCUGGCUCCAUCUUCAUUACGGGGUCGCAUGAUUACUGUCUAUUCCAUGGCUGUCACUGGCGGACAGGCAUUAGCAUACGCAGGUGGCACAGCUUUCUCCCAUGUCGAACUAGGCUGGCGAUACCUCUUUGCAAUCGGAGCACUCCCAGCGCUGGCACAAGUUGCGCUUUUCCCUGUCUAUCCAGAGACACCCCGGUACCUCAUAUAUCGCGGUCGUAUUGGGGACUCUGUGAUAGUUCUGCAGCAACUCUAUCCUCAGAGUCCACCGUCAGAUAUCCAGAGACUAGGGCAAAUCAUCCGCGAGGAUAUUAGUCGCUCUGUCUCCUUUGAUCAAGGGGCCCAUCGGCUGAUGUGGUCGUGGAAGCAACUUUGGUUGGUCCCUUCUAACCGUCGAUCCUUGAUCUCUGCCUGUGGAUUGAUGGCUGUGCAACAACUCUGUGGGUUCAACUUUUUGAUGUAUUAUUCGGCGACGUUAUUUGCCGCUAUUGGUCUCAACAAUCCUACUGCCGCUAGCCUGAUCGUCUCCGGGACGAAUUUCUUCUUCACUAUUGUCGCCUUGUUCUUCGUUGACCUUGGCCGCCGUCGAAUGCUCAUAUGGACAAUAUGGGGGCUUCCAAUUGCCCUCGCCAUGGCUGCCGUGGCAUUCUCAAAUAUCACCUUGAAUUCAAAUUUAGAGCUAGAAGGCGAGGCACCGUCCUGGGCCAAGGCUCUAGCUCUUGCCUCUUUAUCUAUAUUUGUUUCUUUCUAUGCCAUUGCUCUAGGAAAUAUUCCUUGGAUAGCGAAUGAGCUCCUUGCAUUAGAGGUUCGGGCGGUUGGCACCUCUUUGCUAACUAUGGUGUGUUGGGGCUGUAAUAUUAUCGUCUCCGCGACAUUUCUCUCGCUAGUGGGCAGCUUAACUGCUCCGGGCGCGUUUGGACUAUAUGCUGGCCUAUGCUUUGCGGGUUGGCUUUUUGUGAUAUUCACGUAUCCGGAAACUGCCGGUCUUGGGCUAGAGAGCAUACGCGAGGUUUUCAAGGACGGGUUUGGGGUUCGACUGGCGAAUCAGAUACAGCGUACAAGGCGGCAUGGGUCUCAUAGUCAAAUGUGAGGAAUUGGGUUGAGUUGUAUAAGCUGCGUUACGAGAAAUGGGAUCAGUCAAGC